GGUGGCUUUGUAUUUCACCCAGGGGCAGGGGGCUCUGCUGGACCCCGCUCAGAGAGCCCUCUACAGGGAUGUCAUGCUGGAGAACUACGAGACGGUGACCUUGCUGGGAUUCCCCAUUCCCAAACCUGACCUGAUCGCCCGACUGGAACGAGGGGAAGAGCCAUGGGUCUCAGAUCUCCAGGCCAAUAACGAAAGUGUGAGCCCGAGAGGCACCCGCACAGCAGGUGAUAGGACAGUGAGUGAGAACAAGGAGGAGAUUCAACAGCAGGAAGGUCCUGAGAAAGUGGAACCGCAGGCAACAUUUUUGAGAAGAGCUGAAGGGAAUUUUUCCCAGUGCUUGGAACAAGGAAAUGCCUGGGGAGAUCGACACAGAUCAGAGAUGCAGCUGGGAAACUAUCCUGGGAAGAAACUGGAUGAAUCUAUUCAAGGCGGUGGAAGAUGCAAGAAUCCCAAGGAAACCACAGUCCAGCAGACAAGUCACAAUGAAGAAAAACCCUACAAAUGCCUUGACUGUGGGAAAAGUUUCCGUGUCAGUACAUUCCUUAUUAGACAUUGGAGAACCCACACAGGAGAGAAGUCCUAUAAAUGCAUAGACUGUGGGAAAAGCUUCAGUGAGAAGUCAAACUUUAUUGUGCACCAGAGACUGCACACAGGAGAGAAACCCUAUAGAUGCCGUCUUGAGGAUGAGAAAAGUUUUAGUCAGAGGUCACCACUUAUGGCACAUCACAGAUCCCACACAGGAGACAAGCCCUAUAAAUGCUUAGACUGUGGGAAAAGCUUCAGUGAAAAGCCACGUCUUGUUAUACACCAGAGAGUGCACACAGGAGAGAGACCAUAUAAGUGCCUUCAGUGUGGGAAAAGUUUCAGUCAGAGUUCAAACCUUACUGUACAUCAGACACUGCACACGGGCGAGAGACCAUAUAGAUGCUGUGAGUGUGGAAAAAGUUUUAGUAAAAGUUCAUCCCUUAUUCAACAUGGGAGAAUCCACACGGGAGAAAGGCCAUAUAAAUGCCUUGACUGUGGGAAAGGUUUUAUCGAAAGUUCAUCGCUUACUACACAUGGGAGAAUCCAUACAGGAGAAAGACCUUAUAAAUGCCUUGAGUGUGGGAAAAGUUUCAGUUUGAAAUCAACGCUUAAUUCACAUCAGAAAACCCACUCAGGUGAGAAACCCCAUAAAUGCCUGGACUGUGGGAAAACUUUCAGUCUGCACUCACACCUUAAUAAACAUAGGAAAAUCCACACGGGAGAGAGACCAUAUAAAUGCCUUCAGUGUGGUAGAAGUUUCAUUCAGCACUCAAACUUUAUUAGACAUCCAUGUCUGAGGACAAGAGAGAGACGCUACAAAUGCCUUCAGUGUGAGAAACUUUUCUGUGCGGGAUCGGACCUUAUUAAACAUGAGAGAACCCACACUGGCGAGAAACCAUAUAAAUGCUUGGACUGUGGGAAAAGUUUUGGUCAGAGCUCAUACCUUAUUAAACAUAGGAAAAUCCACACAGGAGAGAGACCUUAUAAAUGUUUUGAGUGUGGGAAAAAUUUCAUUUAUCAAUCAGUCCUUAUUAAGCAUCAGAGAAUCCACACAGGUGACAAACCUUAUAAAUGCCACGACUGUGGGAAAAGUUUUGUUGACAAAACAAAACUUACUAGACAUCAGGCAAUCCACACAGGAGAGCGAUCGCAUAAAUGCUUGGACUGUGGGAAAAGCUUCAUUCGGAAGUCACAACUUACUAUACACCAGAGAGUUCACACCGGAGAUAGACCCUUUAAAUGCUUUGAAUGUGGGAAAAGUUUUAGUCAGAAGUCACAUCUUACUACACAUCAGCGAACCCACACAGGAGAGAGACCUUAUAAAUGCCAGGAGUGUGGGAAAAGUUUUAUUUAUAACUCAAAGCUUACUACACAUCAGAGAACCCACACAGGAGAGAGACCCUAUGUAUGCCUUGAGUGUGGGAAAAGUUUUAUGGAAAGUUCAUCCCUUAUUAAACAUGGACGAAUCCAUACGGGAGAAAAACCCUACAAAUGCCUCGAGUGUGGGAAAAGUUUUAUGGAAAGUUCAUCCCUUACUCAACAUGGCAGAAUCCACACAGGAGAAAGACCUUACAAAUGCCUCAAGUGUGGGAAAAGUUUCAAUAUGAAAUCAACCCUUAAUACACAUCACAAAACUCACACAGGAGAGAAACCCCAUAAAUGCCUGGAGUGUGGGAAAACUUUCAGUCUGCGCUCACACCUUACUCAACAUGGGAGAAUCCACACAGGAGAGAGACCUUAUAAAUGCCUUGAGUGUGGGGAAAGCUUCAAUAGGAGCUCAAAGCUCACCAAACACCAGAAAAUCCACAAAGGUGAGAGACCCUAGAAAUAGCUUGACUGCAAGAAAAGAUUCAAUUUGACUUCACACAUCAGUGAUCAACACAACAGAGAGACCUUAAACGUGGGGGAAGCUUCAUUUGGUGUUUCCGGAGUAUCAGGGAUCCACAAAUCUGCACAGGGAAGAAACAUCUGAGACAUUCUUAGUGUGGAAAAUGCUCCAAGUGGAGCUAACCCUGCAUUGGAUAUAAGAGACUCCUCCAUAUGGCAGGGAAAUUCUGUGGGUGUCCUGAGUAGGAUUGGCCAUGAUGACAAACCUAUUUCCUCGUUCCCACACACAUCAGGGGUGUUUGGCUCCCAAGGAUCAACCUGCCUGUCACUGGAAUGAGGAUCCAGCAGCAGCUGGCCAGUGACCCUCUGGCUCUGCCUGGUCUAAGCAAACCCCGGGCAGAGGAGGAGAAGCCCCGAUCAGCCCCUCCUCCCUGCUGCAGCCCUGGCAGCUGAGCAGAUAGGCCAAAGGUGGGGGAAGGAAGAGAAACUCCUCCGGAUGCUCCGUUUGGCUGAAGAUCCCCCCUCUUUCUUCCCCUCCCAACUGGGAUCUCCCUGCCAUGAAGAGGAGGAGAAGGAUACUUGGGCCAGGCCCCAUCAUCACUCUAAGCACUGGUCCUCACCCCCUAUCUUGUACCACUCCCUGGGCUGGGCUCCCCACUGACCUGGAGCUGUUCUCUGCAGUGGGAGUGUCCCAAGGGACUGGUAACUCCUCCCCUUCCUGAAUCCCCCAGGGCGCUGGGCUCUGGGGGAUCAAAUAUUGAGGGACCAGGAGGAUGGGUUAUGGGGAGGGAACUGGGGAUGGAAUAGUUGGUGCUGGUGGAGCUGGGAAGCAGGAGGUGCUGGGAUAUUGGAGAUAAUAGGCUAAGAGGCGAGGGACAGCACAGGGGCAGAGAAGUGCUGCCUCUCAUCACUCACUCCUUCUGCCCCUUCUGCAUUCAGACAGAACCACUGAGAGGGGCUGAUUCCCACAGAGCCAUUUGGGGAAGGCCGAGAGAUCCCACCUUUGCUUCCGAGCAUCUGUUUAUGGUAGGAAAUGAGGUCAGGAUUAGCCAGCGCAUCUCUGUGACCCUCCACCAGAUUUCCUACUAUAACCUCAUCCUGAGCAUCUUAUGUGUAAGGCUAAGAUUUUGUCAUGGAUAUUUUUAAGAAAAGUCAUGGACAGGUGACAGGCAAUUAAGAAAUAUUCACGGCAGCCUGUGACCUGUCUGUGAUAUUUACUAAUAAUAUCCGUGACAAAAUGGGGUGGGAAAAAGCUGCAACACCCCUUGUUGGAGCUCUGAGGUCCCAUGGCAGCUGUGCAGAUGCGGGGGCCCUGGCUGGGAGCUGCAUGGGCCCCCUGCCACCCGUGGCUUGGAGCUCUGGGACCCCAGCCCCCACAACGACUGAGAUCUGGAGGCCACCCCUGAGAGCCAGGUGCUGCGGUGUACCCCCAUGGCCUGCAGCAGCUCAGAGCUCCGGGGGGCAGCUGUCGGAUACUGUGGGCAGCAGGGAUCCCCCUGGGCUGAAG